AUGGCAGGAUCCCCCGACCUGAAGCAGACUUUGACACCAACCCUUCUUGUUGACGUGCACAAGUUGUGGUUCGAUCAUCUGAGCAGCGAGGAGUCACUUGUCUUACCCGGAUGGAGCGAGAUGGGGAAAUGGUUUUCUCGUGAUGAGGCUUUUGACAAGGCCUGCGUGACCGAAUUCCGCCCUGCCCUGGAAAAGAUUGUUGACUCCGGAGCAUCAGCUUCAGACAUUCUAUUUGCAGUUAGCCCGUCCUCGCCGAUGGAUUGGCUCGGCAUCAUUAUUCUACUUGAUCAGAUUUCCCGCAAUUGCUUCCGGGGAGCCGACUCUAAGCUGGUGUUUGGACGCUUUGACCCAUUAGCCGAGGAGGUUGCCCUUCGAGCAAUUAAUGAAGAGAUACCGACGCAGUCCCCGUAUUUCAAGUAUCGCAUGGCUUACCGCACUUGGUUCCAUAUGCCACUUAUGCAUUCGGAAAACUUGGCUGUGCAUGAGCAAGCCAUCAAGGUGCACGAGGAUACAGCCAGAGAUAUGAAUGAGCUUCUGGCUAGGAACCCAUCAACUCUUACGGAAGAGGAAAGAACAUGCCAGGGCGUUCUAAGCGAGAAGGCGGAAGCACUCCAGGCAUUCUUGAGCAAUACUUUUGACUUCGAGAAGAGACAUAAAGUGAUUAUAGAGCGAUUUGGACGAUACCCGCAUCGCAACCAGGCACUGGGAAGGUCGUCUACCCCAGAGGAAAUUGAAUACCUGGACAAUGGCGGGGAGACAUUUGGGUGA